AUAAAUAUCCAAAUAUUUCAGAGCGAAAAUAAAAUUAUUUUACCCACAAAAUUUGUAAUAAUCUAAAGUUAGGCACACACAUCCACUCUCUCCUUGUUUUUAUUAUGUAUUUUUACUGCUUGCUUAAGAAAUUUUCUAUAAUAUAGAAAGUUAAUUAACAGAUACCUGUAUACAUUUGAAAAAGUUAUGUUAAUCAUGGUGUAAUUAGUACGAGUAUAAAAAACCCUAACAAAUGGAUUGUUUCUGAUCGAAGAGAAUAUUGGAGUGCCAUACUGAAAUGUCUACGAGUGAUUCUAGUACCUAUUUAUCAGCAGUUAGAUGGGGAGACGAAGGAUAUUAUCUCAAAGAGUUCACUCAAAAAUUUCGUCUACCCCAAGUUGCCAAAAUUAUCAAGGGACAAUAUCAGAAUCUAGGAGUACCGAGUCUACCAUCUCCGUCUCUAAAUAAUGUAGUAUUAUUAGCAUCAGCAGGAAAAAGACUAAAAAUAGCUGCCCAAUGCGUUAAGUUUAAAGAUGGAAGAAAACCUGUAACGCACGGACCGAAAUUAGCAAUACCCGACACAUACGAGGGGUGGUUUGAAAUCCUAUCCGAAGACGGACGUUGUGUUCGGUGCAUCGACACCGUUUCCGAAUUAGUCAAGAAGUUUCCGGAGAUAUGUUUAGUUCGCGAGAGUAUAAAGGCUUUUGUAUGCAAAACUGAUGAUCCCGAAGCUGUUACAGACAAAAUGAAAACAAUACAAGUUGGAGAGACAUUAGUUCUUGUCAGUGAAGUUGUAGCAUCUCCUAGAGGAAAAGCUUCUGGUAGAUAUUUAAGGUGUUUCACUUCUAGAGGCGAAACUAUAUAUUUAAGUGUGGAUCAAAGAGGCAAAUUUAGUCCAAUUGCUGGCGAAGAAAAUAUAUCCGGCGUACAUAGUGUCAAAACGUUAAUUUCUAAAAGGUUCCCUAUUAUGGUGAGGCUUGUGAGCGGCAAACCACCCGUUGGUUUAAGAAAUACUUCGCAUUUUCUACCUGAAAUGCGUCUUUAUUCCUUAUUUGAAGAAGAAACUAUUGUCGCGUUACCCCUUAUGAAGGAACAGAUUGCUAUCACUCUUCCUCCUUCAGCUCACUUGAAAGUUCAAGCACCCAAAAAUGUUGAGGGGUUAGUAAAACUUCCAGAAUAUACAAGCCUAGUUGAAAAAUGCGAAAGAAUUAUUAACGAACUGUCUGAUAGGAUUCAGUUGUUCGAUGUGCCAUCGAGUAAGGAUUCUCGAAAAGAGAAAUCUUCAAAUCCAUAUGUAUAUUAUAGAAAGCACAAAAAUAACCAUUACAAUAAUCACUACAUUCAACGUAGCAUAUCGGAUCCUGAAGGUACUAACAAGCCUACAAAUACAGAAAGACGUUCCUCAUCCCCAGGAAUUUUAUAUAACAGAGAAGGAUUAGAUUCCGAAGAUCAGCGCUACGUGGAGAUUGAUCAAAUAUAUGAUUACAUUCGAGGAUUUUGUCCCCUUCCAGAUAAGAUAAAAAACGAAUAUCCUGACGAAGAAUUCACGACAGUAGUCAAUUCUACAUCGGAUGUACCAGAUAAACCCGAACCACCUCCAAUAGAAACCAUUCCGGCUAGGAAAGUGUCAACUAGUGAUAGCACAAUAUCUACCCAAAAAAUAACCGUAAGCAUUAUCAACAAAGCUAGCAUCGAAGAAGGCAAGCAGGAGCAUAUUUAUGAGAAAAUAAGAAGAAAAAGUGAUCAAGAUAUAGUUAAAAAUCCAUUUAGAUCAAACAGCAUAGGUAAAAUUUAUGUUCAGAAAUACCAAAAUAACAAAACGAUCAAUAAUAAAAACAUAGCUCAACACAGAUUUCAACAGAAAUCGCGUUUAUCCAAGCAUAACAAGGGAUCCGCAAAAGAUUUCCCUUUUCAGAAACAAUCUAGGUCAAAUAAAACUUAUAAAAAUAAUAAUAAUAAAUCUUUAACUACUUCUCCAUUGUUUAAUAUACGUUAUAAAUCGCUGAACAAUUUAGCUUUAGAUUUUAGUACUUUAGAAUCGAGUAAUUCCGGCGGUCAAGCAUCAUCAGGAGGAGGAGGAGGAGUGGAGACGAACAAUCAGAAUACAGCUAGGAAAUUGCCAAGACCAAAAUCGUUAACCAAUUUAUUUUGGGAGACCGACAAACAAGUAGAAAAAUGCAACAAAUUUAAUUUGUUACAAAAUGAUAUAAGCAGAGGCACGGAAAAUCGAAAGUUAAUUUUUACUCACGAACCUUUCAAUGCGAAACUGAAUUCUAAUGUUCAAAAUAAAAGGUUCGGUACUUUAUAUCUGUAAUAAUAUUUCCAAAAAUAUUAUAAAAAUUAGUGUUAAUAACUGUAAAUUUGACAAAUUUUGAGCUCAUGUAAGGCAUAAAACAUAUGCUUACAAAUAUUUAAUUUUUCGGAAAUUCAUGUUUAUGUUUUGAUCGCAUUCAAAAAUGUUUUGCUGUGUAAAAGUCAUUUAUCGUUUUUGUAAA